AUGCGUCUACAAGAGUCGUCGAUGAUCGGUCGCUGUGAUGAAUCAGCCAGAUUAUCUCGCCGUACAUCACUCGAUCUCCAAUCCUUCAUCCGUCUUCGAAACAUCCUUGGCUGGUCCAUCGAGACAACAGAUGCAGCUACAGCCGCCCUCGCCCAUCGAGAAGUCAUCUAUCCCAGCGAUACAACCCAACAUCACGUAUUGGAUGGAGACUUUAUCCAAUGUCCAGCCGCAGUGCAGGAAUUAUCCAUCAAGACUAGUAUCACCGUCGUCGAGCUGUUUCCCUUCUGGGGCCUCAUGUACGCACAAUUUUCUAAUUCUCUCUAUGCGCGACUGUUUCUGCGCAGCGGGUUGGUCAAAUUGUAUCCGUCCUUGGCGUUUGUGGAUGGAGAUGGACAGACGGAUGCUACGUUUGGGAAGAAUAAGGGUGCUGUGUUGCGGGCGUUGGGUAUGACGCAGGAUGAUCAGGUUGUGUUCAUGGGGAUUAUUGGGUUCGAUUCCAACACGCCCUGGACGCUUGAUGGGAUUUCCAGGCUGUAUAGUCAUCAGCAGCUGUACAAGAUGCUUCAUCUGCCGGUGAAGAGGUAUGCGGAUUGGUGGAGGGUUGUUUGCCAGAAGGGGGGUGUUGAUCCUUUUACUGAUCCGCAGAGUGCGUUGAAGGUAUUGGAUUUGUGGUUGUAUUUGCCAGAAGGGAUUGAGUGA